AUGGAGGCAGCCGGUAUUAUGGACAAGUACAAAGGCAUCGUGAUUCGUGGUAUCUGUGGCUACUGCGACUCGCACAAAAACAAGAGAUGGAAACCAUAUGCGGCGUUGGCUGCUGCGGCCCUUACUAAAGAGCUUUUGUCAGCAGUACCUGCCUUGAGAGUCAGAGCAGAACAGCCAAUAUUUCAGACAGUGAGGCACUCCACAUUCCGCGAGAGAUUCUUGCUCAAUUUCAACGGCACACUGAAGCCAUCAAAUUACGAAGCACCAUCAAGCCAACACCCGGACCGUCUGCCAGGCACCUUUAACUGGAUCAUCAACAAUAGCUCAUUUCAAUCCUUCGUGACGCAUGAUAAAGAUGCUCUCCUGCAAGCAAUACCUUACGAAGUGAUAUCACAACACUUCCGCAGACUCGUCAUGAAUGAAGCCGGUUUCCAUAUUGCAAGAGAACAUGAGAAUGAGGCUAUAAGUCUUGAAAUCGGCAAAAUGCCAUGGCCAACUGUCAAUCAUGUCAAUAUUCCUCUAUCCGCGGCGACACCGAUCAUUCCACAUUGGCUUGCAGAUCUGCUAAUUAGAAACUUUAGUCUCCUUGCUCGCGCGGCGCCGAAAGGGAACGAAGAAAUCGUGCAGCUUGUUCCCAGUCAUCCAGAAAUCCAACCUGAUUUGUUUGCAGCGGCCGGCCCCGGUAUGACAGCGCUUGCUGUCGCAAUAGCCGCCCACCAGGACGCCAUCGCGAAAAUCCUGAUUGCUCAGAAAGACGUCAGCUUCUCGUAUAUCGGUGAAGGAUAUCCGUGCCCCUCAGGGCUUGCCAUUGAGUGUAACAAGUCUGACAUAGUUCGCGCAGCUAUCAAAUUGCCCAACUUUGAUCCUAGCGAAACUAUUACUCACGACGACGAAAAUGUGAAAGUUCCUAUUCUUGGCCUCGCGGCCGCAUAUGGGGCCCUUAAAUGCACUGAAUACGUCCUCGGGCUAUCGGAAAUCGACGUCAAUCUUGUACCAAGUAGACUCUCUAAGCGAGACGCCGCUUAUGCUUGCAGCUUCAAACAAUAA